UGGGGGCGCACCCUCUAGUGGCCUCACUCCCUAUAAAGGGCCAGCGUGAGCUGCAGAGAAUCCCUGCAGAGGAUCCUAAAACAGCACAGGAUCUCCCAUAGACUCUGCGCACAGAUACCAUGAAGGUCUCCGCGGCUGCCCUGGCUCUCCUCCUCAUCGCUGUCGCCUUCUCUGCUCCUGUGUCUGCCUCCCCAUAUGCCUCGGACACCACACCCUGCUGCUUUGCCUACAUCUCCCGCCCACUGCCCCGUGCCCACCUUCGGGAAUAUUUCUACACCAGCAGCAAGUGUUCCCUGCCAGCAGUCGUCUUCAUCACUCGAAAGAACCGCCAGGUGUGUGCCAACCCUGGAAUGAAAUGGGUGCGGGAGCACAUCAACUCUUUGGAGAUGAGCUAGGACGGAAGGCGCCUUGAACCAGAACUUGUGCAGACUUUCUUAUCACUUCUUGCUCUUGUCCUAACCAGCUUAGGAGGCUUCUCCCCGAUCCCCUACCCCCGCCCCUCCUUGGAGGGCCCAGAUUCAGCCUAAAGCCUCCAAGAGCUCCUGAGGCUCUGCAAUGUGCACAGAAAACCUCCAGGCUUUGAGCUGCAGGCCCCUCAACCCAGGCAUGGCUCUGCAAUCAGGGAGGAAGUCAACGUGCCUCUGGAGGCGAAGAAGGGAGAAAAACUGGGCAUCUGUGGAAAUGUCCCAUGGCCAAAGCUCCAAUCUCGGCCCCUCACUGGGACAGGCUGACGGGCAAAAGUGAGAAAUCCGCUUUCCAUUAAAAUCCUCAAGG